AUGGCUGUGGCAAGCUUGUGCGAAGAGAACCUGAACUUGCCGAGCGCUGCUCGACGCCUCAAGGAGGCGCUGGGGGCCACGAAGCGCGAGGAAUACGACAAUGGCCACAUCCAGAACCUCUCCAAGAAGUUCCGGUUCAGAGGAUACAUCGAGAAGGUGCAAGACAGGUCCAUGACAUUGGCACAGCUCCGCAAGGUGCUUAAGCACCUUGGCUGCAAUGCAUGA